CCGCCCCCUACGUGUUCAGACCAGCCCCACCCCGUUCUAGAGACAAACGUUCGCUUGCUGCUCUCGUCCACAGACCAUAAAGAAUGGCGACUGCAGGUACUACACCAGACUUCCUAGACAAACGAUUGCUGCAAGAUGAUGUUCCAGAGAUAGUUGAAAACAUACUGGAUGCCCAAACUAAAUCAGAGCUGUUAGGUCGUGUACUCAAGUUGUCACCAUCCAGGGUGUCUGGAAUUCAUAAGCAGUACAAGGAUCCAGAAGAGUGCCUGUUUCAUGUCAUUGACGAGUUUGUGAAACAAGUGGACCCCAUGACCUACUUGGAGAGUCAUUAUAACUGCCCUGAGGCGCCGCACUAUUCGACUAACUGGUUUGGCAGAUGAGAUCGAAAGUAAAUAUUGUCCCCCAACAAUAUGUGAUGAGUCCAAGAAUACAACAAACAGUGGCUCUACAUCUGAAACACACCAUCAGGAUUGGCUGACGUCUUGGAAAACCAUACUCAUUGUUGAGUGUCUAUUUUGAUCAUGUUACUAGCUGUGGCGUGGUCUAACACAGUCUGGUACCAGCUAGGACUCUGCCACUCAAAGAGUCUGCCAUAUGUGAAUCAUUUUGUUGGUCGAGAGGAAGACAUUCGCAACAUCACUGGCUACCUUGACUUCUACACCUCAUAUGUUCAGGUAGUUCACAUUGUUGGACCUCCUGGGUUCGGUAAAUCCACUCUGGCCAUAAAAAUUGGAGAGAUAUACUUACAGAAAUGUGUCAGUGUUCAUUAUGUAGACGUUGGGCAAAAAAUGGUUAAAGAUAUAGAUACUCUCGCUGAGAAGAUUGUACUCAGUAUGGUCGAGUCCAGUAAGACUAAGGUAACAUUCAGUGAUUUGGAGGAUAAGAUACACAAACAAUAUUCAAAAGCAUUAAUAAUACUAGACAACUGUGAUGAGAUUUUGGAGCAUUCAAAGGAGGAAUUUCUGAGUGCAUUAAAGUCAUUAACUGCUCUGUCCCAAAGAAGUGUGAGGUAUCUUAUUACUAGCCAAAAAUGGGUAGCUGACAUUGGCAACUUUCGACUCCAUGCCAUUUACAGCCUCUCAUCUGAAGCAGCUAUUCAAAUGUUGGGUGAAGUAGCUCCUAGUUUAACAGAUUAUCAGAAAAAGCAAAUAGUCGAUCUGACAGGAAACGUUCCACUAGCACUGGAAGUUAUUGGAGCCAUCUUUAGGUUUCCAGAUGCUCACACACCUGAAAUUGUGAUAAAUGGCCUGAAAGAACAUCUACUUGAUACUCUAAGUCCUACUGAGCUACAUUCCACGGUUGAUGUGUCCAUUCGUAUAGCUUAUAGCUACCUUUCUCCUGACCUGAAGCAGUUAUGUGUAAACUUGUCCCACAUUAGAGGGAGUUUUGAUGAAACAAGUACUUACUUCUUGUUUGACAUUGAUACG